AUGGCGACAGUACAGCAGCUAGCAGCCGGCCCGACGCCGGCACGACCACGAAGCAUUAAUGGCGCACGAGAUGUCAGCAUGGACGUCGACGCGAGUCCCUCCCCCGCCCCGUCAAAAUGUCUGAAUAAGUUUGGCAGCGGGCCACAAAAGGGCGACACCCGGAUCGUUGUCAUUGUGUAUGGCGAAGGACAGGACAAGAUAGUCUCAGUUUUUGCUGACGUGCUUGGCAAGCCCUUCGAAUCAAAUCUGGAUUCAAAGAGGUCAGCCACGCGGACCAGGGAGUCGUGGUUGGCAUCGCGGCAGGCCACGCUCAGAGUGACAUAG